AGUUUAAUAUGGAAAAAGCAAAGGCAUUUGAUUUACCAAACAAUGGCGGGAAAAUUGGGCUUGAGGAGGACUCUGCGCUUGCUGUAGACAUCGACGAUCCGAGACAGGACGAUGCAGUACAAAGUAGUAGUGGUCAGUCCCAUGGUAAGUCGCCCAAAGAGUUAGAGAAACCAUCACCAGCUAGGAAACACAAUGUACUUGAAAGUCACAAGGGAGACGACGAUGACAAUGAACCCUGGGAGGAGUCCCCAUUGACCGCUGCGAGAUGGUACCAGAAGUUAUUAUUCUCUCAGGUGUGUUGA